UUCAACUGUUCUACCAUCACAGACAAAAGACCAUAGUUUAAGAAAAUUGCCAAAACUAUUUUACGAAAAAGGAAACGGAAAAUGUUCACUCGCUAUAAAUAAAACCGAAGCGUCGACUAGUUUUUACACAGUUUAUCACUGCACACUCUGAUAUCUGUUCUGAAGAGAGCGAGUGUAGUUUUUUAAGAUGCUGUGAAAGUGGAUUUUAGAGUCUCUUUCAUCUGGACUGAGUUUUAGCUGUGUUGCGGUUGGUUAGAUCUCGGAUUUUAGGGCUCAGAAUGUGGAGACUUGCCAGAUUUACGGCUUCCAGUUUGGGCCUAUCACGGAGGUUCUCGACUGCGAUACCUGGUCCCUGUAUUGUUCACAAGCGUGGUGCUGAUAUUCUUCAUGAUCCUUGGUUUAAUAAGGAUACUGGGUUUCCUUUGACUGAAAGAGAUCGAUUAGGCUUGCGUGGCCUCCUUCCACCUCGUGUCAUAUCAUUUGAGCAGCAAUAUGCUCGUUUUAUGGAGUCAUAUCGAUCACUGGAGAAAAAUACUCAGGGACAACCAGAUAGUGUUGUAUCAUUAGCAAAAUGGAGGAUCUUGAAUAGGCUUCAUGACAGGAAUGAGACAUUAUACUACAGAGUCCUUAUUGAUAAUAUCAAGAAUUUUGCUCCAAUAAUAUACACGCCAACUGUAGGGUUGGUGUGCCAGAAUUAUUCAGGUCUAUUUAGACGUCCGCGUGGAAUGUAUUUUAGUGCAAAGGAUAAAGGGGAGAUGAUGUCAAUGAUCUAUAACUGGCCAAGUGAACAGGUGGAUAUGAUAGUCUUAACGGACGGUAGUCGUAUUCUUGGGCUAGGUGACCUUGGUGUUCAAGGAAUAGGUAUACCUAUUGGAAAGCUUGAUAUGUAUGUUGCUGCUGCUGGUAUCAAUCCACAGAGAAUACUCCCAGUUAUGUUGGAUGUUGGUACAAACAACCAAAAGCUACUUGAGGAUCGUCUUUAUUUAGGACUUCGACAACCUAGGCUAGAAGGAGAAGAGUAUCUAUCAAUUGUUGAUGAGUUCAUGGAAGCUGUUUUCACACGCUGGCCCAAGGCUAUUGUACAGUUUGAGGAUUUUCAAAUGAAGUGGGCAUUCGAAACAUUGCAGAGAUACCGUAAAAAGUUUUGCAUGUUUAAUGAUGAUAUCCAGGGAACUGCUGGUGUUGCUCUCGCAGGGUUGUUGGGAACGGUAAGAGCCCAAGGCCGACCAUUGUCCGACUUUGUGCACCAAAAGAUAGUUGUAGUGGGUGCUGGAAGUGCAGGGCUUGGUGUCCUGAAUGCAGCUGUACAGGCUGUUUCCAGGAUGUCUGGGAACAGUGAAGCAGCUGUCAAGAAUCAAUUUUUCCUAAUUGAUAAAGAUGGUCUUAUCACAAAAGAGAGGAAAAAUAUCGAUCCAGCUGCAAUGCCAUUUGCUAAGGACUUAAAAGAUGUUGAGGGGCUCAGGGAAGGAGCUAAUCUUCUUGAAGUGGUUAAAAAGGUAAAGCCCCAUGUGCUUCUUGGUUUGUCUGGAGUUGGUGGGAUCUUUAACGAGGAGGUGCUCAGGGCCAUGCGGGAAUCUGACUCUCCUAAACCUGCCAUUUUUGCUAUGUCAAACCCCACCAUGAAUGCUGAAUGUACUGCUGCUGAUGCUUUCAAAUAUGCUGGGGAAAAUAUAGUUUUUGCAAGUGGAAGCCCAUUUCAAAACAUUGAUCUCGGGAAUGGGAAAGUAGGACAUGUAAAUCAAGCAAAUAAUAUGUACCUGUUUCCCGGGAUUGGUUUGGGAACUCUUGUGUCUGGUGCACGUAUUAUAACAGAUGGAAUGUUGCAGGCAGCUGCUGAAUGCCUUGCUUCUUACAUGACAGAUGAGGAAGUCCAGAGGGGCAUAUUAUAUCCAUCCAUUGACAGUAUUCGACACAUUACGGCAGAGGUUGGUGCUGCUGUUCUGCGAGCAGCUGUUGCAGAAAAUUUGGCCGAAGGACAUGGUGAUGUGGGCCCCAAAGAGCUCAGGAACAUGUCAAAAGAGGAGACAGUGCAUUACGUCACGCGCAAUAUGUGGUUCCCCGUGUAUAGCCCACUGGUUCAUGAGAAAUAAGGCCCGUUGGACGAGGACCUUUUAUUUUAUUUCCCGAAUUCAUAAUUUGCUAACAUGAAGUGGAAAAGCAAAUUAUGAAAGCAGGAACAGACCAUCCCAUUUCUGAUGUAGUUCAAUUGCUGGAACUGUGAUCUAUUAGAGAAAAAAAAUUGAUUUUUGUAUAUUUUUGGUUAUUUUCGGGAGAUUUUCUCAGUUCAUUGCCAUUUUAGAGAUCUAAAGGACAUCUAUUUUACUGUGAUUUUUGGGUUAAUUUUAUUGGUGAUGUUUCAACUUAA